AUGCCACAGACCAAAGAAAAAACCGAAGAGGCUUUGGAUGAUGAAUGCUGGUUACAUUCCGGUGAUGUUGGUUAUGUCGAUGACAAGGGUUAUGUUUACAUAACAGGCAGAUCUAAGGAAAUUAUUAUUACAGCUGGUGGUGAAAAUAUUCCACCAGUACACAUUGAAAAUUUGAUCAAAAAGGAAUGCGAUGCCAUUUCCAAUGCUUUCCUUAUCGGUGAGCAACGUAAAUAUUUGACCGUGUUGAUAUCCCUUAAGACUGAAAUGGACAAAGACACUGGCGCUCCUUUGGAUGAACUCAGUCACGAGUCUUUGGUUUUGAUGAAAUCUUUAGGUGUUAAUCACAAAACCUUAACAGAGGUUUUGAAUGCUGGUCCCUGUCCCAAGGUAUACAAAGCCAUUGAGGAUGCCAUUAAACGUGCCAACAAACAUUCCAUUUCCAAUGCCCAAAAAGUGCAAAAAUUCACUAUCUUGCCACAUGAUUUCUCCAUACCUACCGGUGAAUUGGGUCCCACUUUGAAGGUGAAACGUAAUGUGGUCAAUAAGCAAUAUGCUGAUAUUGUGGAAAAAAUGUAUGCUUAAAUUCUUAAUUAAUUAAAAACUAUGAAAAUAUUUUAUUCUAAAAAUAUUUUCCUUAAACAAUGUAAUGAAAAACUAAAUAUUUAAAAAAUUCAGUUGUUAGUGCCUGAGGUCAUAAUUAAAAUUCCGCAUAAAUUAUGAAAUUUUACUUAGUUGGACCAACAAUAUUUGUUAAAUAUUAUUUACUGAAUUUAGUUGUUUCUUAUAUUUUAUAUUGUUAUCUAUUGAGUUGUUAAACUUGCAGCUAAAACAUUGAAUUUGAAACAGAGACAAUAAUUUUUUAGUGUGAGAGUUAUUUAACUACUUAAACUGAUUUUAUCUUAAUUACGAUAAUGAUGAUUCCUUAGCCAUGAAGACAUGUAAAUAGUUUUAGUUUUUUUUUUCACUUAAUUUAAAUUUAUUUUUUUUUUGCUAUUAAUUGAUUUACUUAAUUAUAAGUUUUAGUUUAUUGAA